UUAUUUGUGUGACUGAAAGAAAGUAUCCUCCCUUAUUCUGGACGAGGGAAUUCCCUCAACAACACAGCCAUGCUGUCCAGUCAGGACUCAGGUUUUAAUCGCGAGCUCCGUUUCCUAGCAACCCCCUCCCCUGGUCCACGCGCGCGGCGUCACGUGGCCCCGACUCUAGCUGUCCCUGACAGCGCUCGAGCACGUGCGGCGCACCGUCUCCAUGGAAACCAGCGCGCUCCCUGGCUCCUGUCAAAGCCGGAGGAUGGAGGCUGCAGCGGCGGCUGCUCUGGGCAGUGCUGUAACCGGAGGGCCUCCCCCGCCUCAGGAUGAACCGCCCCCGCCUGUGAGAGACAGGUUAUCCGGCAUGCAGAAAGGUGGCGGCGUGUGCUCCCGUUCGUACUUUGUGGUGGUGAUGGUGUUCGUGCAUGUGUACAUCCUGAACGUCAUCGCGCUGCUGCUUUACGUGUACUACAGCAAUGGCAACCAGCACGGUACUGAGCCAGGUGGAGAUGCAGCAGGACAGGCGGCACCGACCCCGGAUCCGAGAGCAAUACCGCGCCUGGACCAAUUAGCCGCUCCCUACACGUAUCUGCCCAGGCUGGAGGGCAUUAAGGUUGGUUACAGACAGACGGUGAACUUGGUUCCAGACAAAAUCCAUGAAAUGAGAACUCUGAGUUUAAAGCCUUUGCUGUUUGAAAUCCCAAAUUUUCUCACGGAACAAGAAUGCAAGUUACACAUCCACCUGGCCAGGUUAAAAGGACUCCAGACCAGCCAGAUUUUGCCAGUAGAUGGGUACAAAGAAGCCAUGGACAACCUUGAUAUCAGCAAGGCUGACAUUUUUAAUCUGUUGGAUCACAACCAGGAUGGGCAGCUGCAAAUAAAAGAGGUAUUAACCCACUCUCGUUUAGGCAAUGGCAGGUGGAUGACCCCAGAGAAUAUCAGAGAGAUGUAUUCUGCACUGAAAGCUGAUUCAGAUGGAAAUGGAGUCCUAAGCCUGGAUGAAUUCAAGAAACUAAACCUCAGGGACUUUCAUAAAUAUCUGGGCAAACAGGAGGUUACCAUGAAUGAUCUGGUCAGGAAUAGUCAGCAUACUUGGCUGUAUCAGGGAGAAGGUGCCCAUCAUGUGCUGAGAUCCAUUCGUCAGAGAAUCAUUAAACUUACCCAUCUGCCCCUGGAGGUUGUAGAGAACAGUGAGCCUUUGCAGGUGGUGCGGUAUGAUACAGGAGGACAUUAUCAUGCUCAUAUGGACAGCGGACCAGUGUUCCCAGAGACUGCGUGCACCCAUACAAAGCUCACAGCCAAUGAAACGGCCCCUUUUGAAACCUCCUGUCGCUACGUGACUGUUCUGUUUUACUUGAAUAAUGUUACGGGGGGAGGUGAGACCACUUUUCCAGUAGCAGAUAACAGAACAUAUGAGGAAAUGUCCUUGAUACAAAAUGACGUUGAUCUCAGAGAUACAAGGAAGCAUUGCGAUAAGGGGAACCUGAGAAUAAAGCCACGGCAGGGAACUGCGGUCUUCUGGUACAAUUAUUUGUCCGAUGGCAAAGGUUGGGUCGGGGACAUUGACGAGUUUGCUCUGCACGGAGGCUGCUUAGUCACAGCAGGAACCAAAUGGAUCGCAAACAACUGGAUUAAUGUGGAUCCCAACAAACAGCGCCAACUUUGGUUCCAGCAGGAGAUGGGCCGAUAUGCCAAAGAGGACAGUGAAAUACAAAGAGAGUGGGCAGUAGAUCAGCCUUACAAGGACAUGCACGUUGAUCUAUAAAUCUGGAGAGUAACCUGGUAUUGUGUACAUAUCGGUCCUCUGCCCAGACAGUUUUUGGAGACAUUUUUCUUGCACACCUAUAAGUUCUGGGCAUUUGCUGAUGCAUUAAGAAAAACCCCACUCGGGCCGUUUGUACAUACACGCUGAAGAAAUAUGCAAGUGCAAUAGCUUUGUGCCUACACUCCAGGGGGCAUGUGAGAAAGAGACCAUCUUAACUAAGUUAAGAACCGAGGGCAUUUAAAUACAGACUAAAUGCCAACAACAACUGUCAGACCCCAUGGGUCCAGAUGUCCUGGGGCACUUUAUUUCUAAGCGCAGAAUAACACAGGGAGAUUUUGUUGCUACAUCAAUGAACUGCAAAGACAUUUCUCCUGGGAACAGUGACAGUCAGGCCCGGACUGGCAAUCUGUGGGUUCUGGCAAAUGCCAGAGGGGCUGCUAUAAGGUCCAAUAGAAAGUCAGUAUU